GUCUCCCUCCCUUCUCCAUUCUCCUCUCUCGCAGCAUCUCCUGUCCAUCAUCUCCGGCCGCUGCGUUCAUCUCCGGCGUCCCUCGUCCGUCACCGCUGUUUCAUCUUCCUCGGUCCGUUCGCCCUUUCAUCUCCGACCUCGCAGCGUACCUGAUCCGGCUUCACUUCUCCGGCGUCACAGCGUUCCCGCUCCGGCGUCGCUGCUGCGACCAUUGAUCAGCAAUUCAGAUCUGAUAGGUGUGAGAAGUCAGAUAUGGAUGAGCAACUGAAACAUAGAAUUUUGAUGGUGUCUGAUUUUUUCUAUCCCAAUUUUGGUGGUGUGGAAAAUCACAUCUAUUAUCUAUCACAAUGUUUACUUAAGCUUGGCCACAAGGUCGUAGUAAUGACUCAUGCUUAUGGAAAACGUUCCGGGGUGAGGUAUAUGACAGGAGGCCUAAAGGUCUACUACGUACCAUGGAAACCAUUCCUUAUGCAGAACACACUGCCCACCUUUUAUGGGACACUUCCAAUAACGAGGACAAUUCUCAUACGGGAAAAGAUAUCAUUGGUGCACGGGCAUCAAGCUUUCUCAACUCUUUGUCAUGAAGUUUUGAUGCAUGCACGGACGAUGGGAUACAAAGUUGUAUUUACAGAUCAUUCACUUUAUGGUUUUGCUGAUGCGGGCAGCAUUCACAUGAACAAAGUAUUGCAGUUUACUCUAGCAGAUGUUACUCGGGCCAUUUGUGUUUCUCAUACAAGUAAGGAAAACACAGUUCUGAGGUCAGGUCUGCCGCCAGAAAAGGUUUUUGUAAUACCAAAUGCCGUGGACACAGCUGUGUUCAAACCUGCUCCAGAACGACUUAGCUAUGAUGAAAUUGUUAUAGUUGUGAUAAGUAGACUGGUUUAUCGAAAGGGUGCAGAUCUGCUUGUUGAAGUGAUCCCAGAAGUAUGCCGUUUAUAUCCUAAUGUUCGUUUCCUUGUUGGAGGAGAUGGGCCUAAAAGGGUGAGGCUAGAAGAGAUGAGGGAAAAGCAUUCUCUUCAAGAUCGAGUGGAAAUGUUAGGUGCCGUUCCGCAUGCCAAAGUUCGUUCUGUCCUUAUUUCUGGCCAUAUAUUCUUAAACAGUUCUUUGACAGAAGCAUUUUGCAUAGCAAUCUUGGAGGCUGCGAGCUGUGGAUUGUUAACAGUCAGUACACGUGUGGGAGGUGUCCCAGAGGUUCUUCCAGAGGAUAUGAUUGUACUAGCAAAACCAGAUCCCGUUGAUAUGGUACAAGCAAUCCAGAAGGCAAUAUCUAUGCUUCCAGAAAUUGAUCCACAAAACAUGCAUCUUCGUAUGAAGAAAUUGUACAGUUGGCAUGAUGUUGCCAAAAGAACAGAAAUUGUCUAUGACCGUGCUUUGAGAUGUCCAAAUCAUAAUCUUUUAGAACGACUGUCACGGUACCUCAUAUGCGGUGCUUUGGCAGGCAAGCUUUUCUGCUUGGUCAUGAUUAUUGAUUUUUUGUUAUGGCAUCUGUUGCAACUUUUGCAGCCUGCUGCAGAUAUUGAGAGGGUCCCUGAUAUAAUUCUACCACAAGGUCAACAUGGGGAGGAAUCGGGCGAUUUGCUUGCACAUUCCAUUAGCCGGCUGCAGAUAUUGAGAAGGUCCCUGAUAUAAUUCUACCACAAGGUCAACAUGGGGAGGAAUCGGGCGAUUUUGAGUGAAGCUUUGAAAUGAGUUGUGGCCUCAACAAUCAGACCGGAAGCUGUGUAAUUGGAUGCAGGUUACAUGUUUUGCCUUGCACCUUCCAAUUUCAUAGCGCCUGGCGUCUUCACUCUGCUCAUCUUCCAUAGUUCCAUUCGGUUGGUAAGGAGGUAUACCUGUGUUUUGCGUAGGCUAAUUCAUAGAAGAAAACGGGCCAAUACUAAUUCAUAGAAGAAAACACGUCUGCAACCAUGAAAGCAAUCCCAUCCCACAAACUUAAUAGAACUAUAACAUUCCGAAACCCAUCCUCGUAUUAAAUAACGCAAACAGAUAAUAGUUAUCGAAGCAGUACAGCAGCCAGGCUAUCUGGCAUGAGGUAGCAAAUCCGGGACACUCGCUUCAGUAAUCUGUACACUCUAGUGCAUCUGCUGCUAGCCUUGUUGUCAAGUCCUCGACAGAGACCCUAACUACGUCGCUGCUCAUGCCAAUGUCGGCAGCAAUCCGUCUUUCACAGUAGACAUUGACUGCUCUAAUCCCGAUCUCAUAGACGUUGGUGUUGGUAAGCCUUAAUGGAGCAGACAAAACAGCUGUAAUCAGCCCAC